AUGGCUUGCACAAAGGAGACUGUCAAAUCAAGCGGUCUGAACAUCUGGUGUAGCGAGACUAGACCCGGACCUGCGCCAGAAGUCGACAUUGUCGCCGUCCAGGGUCUAGGCGCUCAUCCGUUCUACACGUGGGUUAAGAAAGCCCCUGCCCCACGUGUCGUCGCAUCCAAGAGACUUAGGUCCAAGGCGCUAUUUUGGAAGGACAAGAAGACGCAAGGCAACGACAAAAACGAUGGCUCAACAGAGGUCAUGUGGCCUCGGGACCUGCUCUUGCCGUUGUUCAAGAAUGCGCGGAUCGCCACCUACAGCUACGAAUCCGACUGGAGGGAUAAGAAGGCAGCAUGCGAAUUUAAGCCGCCUGAUAAUCGAUGCGACUGGCCAAGUCCGUCUCUGAAGCAAGCGCAACAACAGGAACGCCAGAGGCCGCUCAUCUUGAUCGGACACAGUCUUGGAGGUCUUGUCAUCCAGCAGGCGCUCGUCAUCGCCGUCCAUCAGCGGGGUUUUACUGACAUACGCCUCUCCGUCGCAGGCAUCAUCUUCCUUGGCGCGCCUUUCCAGGGAAGCGAUGCAGCGGUGUACGGUAAGUGGCUGGCUCAGCUUGCAAGGCUUGACUCUACAUUGUUGGAGUCGCUGGAGAAAGACAGCCCAAGUCUACAUGCUCUCUCGUCAGACUUCUGGCACAGUUACAGCGACUGGGAUAUUGUGUGCUUCUACGAGAACAGGGAUGCCGAUUAUGGGCCUUGGAAGGCACGGUUCGUAAGUGCACAGUCAGCCAGUCUCCUCGGAAAGAGGAUGAUGUUUCUGAACACCGACCAUUCCGGACUUAAUAAGUUUAGCGGGAUGGAUGAUGAGAACUUUGCGCUGCUGCUACCGGAGAUUCGAAGGAUGGUCGAGGGUGGAAAUUCAGUCGUGAUCGAUCGGCAUCGUAGACAGGGUACGGAAUAG